AGGGGGAUAAGCCCCACAUCCUUUAUAAAACUGUUGGUGCUGUUUGUAGAUGACAAAUGAAAUGUGUGAACGCUUUUAUUCUUUUUUAACAACAAGAGAGCUGCUAUUAAGGUGAAUAUUACCUCAUCCUCUUCCUUUUUAAGUCUGCUGUGGUGCAGGACUCUGGUGGUUUUACCCAGUUUAAGUCGGUGUCAGGGUCUGAACUGACUGGGAUUGUUAAUAAAUUAAAAGCACCUUCUUCUCCCUUGGAUCCAGUCCCACCUCGCUCUUUUAAACAGGUUUGGGCCACUCUUGGCUCUUCAGUCAUGGAGAUAUUCAAUAGCAGCCUGUCAUCAGGUAUUAUCCCAACCUUCUGCAAAAAAACUGUUGUUGAACCUUUAUUUAAAAACCAGGUCUGGAUCCAACGUGCUUGGCCAACUAUGGACCAAUUUCAAAGCUGCCGUUAGUGUCUAACCUUUUGGAAAAGUGUCUAACCUUUUUUGCAUGAUAGUGGGAUUUUAGACACUUCAGUCAGGCUACAAGGCAUCUCACAGCACAGUCUGCUCUUUAGAAAGUUUUUAAUGAUCUUUAUUUAACCACAGACUCUGGUCAUUCUUCUGUUUUAGUACUUUUAGACUUGACUGCUGCUUUGGACACAGUAGAUCACACAACUCUUUUAAACUGCCUUGAAUAUUGUGUGGGUGUUAGGGGGCAGCCCUCAACUGGUUUAAAUCUUACCUGUCAGGGCGGUCCCUAACGGUUAGGCUGGGGGACUCCACCUCGUCCUCUGCUCCUCUACUUUCUGGAGUUCCCCAGGGUUCAAUUUUAGGACCUGUGCUCUUCUUUAUACCUGCUUCCUUUAGAUGAAAGUUUUAGGAAACAUGGCCUGUCAUAUCAGUUUUAUGCAGAUGACUGCAAACUGUACAUGCCCUUUGUUAAAAAUAAUGGAAGCCCUUACUUAACUGUCUGGGGGAUGUCAGAGUUUGGUCCCCCAGCUCUAUAGAAAAGUGGAUUGGAUUGGAUAGCAUGUUCCUAAGUUCCUUUGAAGUUCCUCAAUGAACCUGUAAAACAUCUGAAUUGAUCAGGUUUUUCUGGGGGGGCAGACACUUCUGCGCGGUACAGCAAAUGAAAGCUUUUAUUCUGAAAAGAAGAAAAUGAUUGUUUCAGGAAAACCAUACAUAAAUGAAUUCAGGUUCAAAUCUUUAAUGCAUGACUGCUGAGCUAAGCUCCUCCCACACUGUCACUGAGCUUUCACCUGUCUGCUGCAGGGCAGAGCAGGUGAAUGUGGAGCUGCAUACCUGUGCAGGUGAAUUCCUUUGAAGCUGUUUUCUUUUAAAAUUUUAUCUUUGAUGUUUGCUUUUGGUUCUUGGUGCAAAAACGCACUAAACCAGGCUAAAUAUCAAACUUUCCACAUUUGUUGCAUAAACCAAUCCGGAUCAGAGAUCUUUUAUUUGUUGGGAUAAUCGCAGUUUCAUUUGGCUCAGAUUCAUUUAGACUGAAUUAGGUUUGUGUGACCUUUGUCUGAACCAAUAUCUAAACGAAAGAACGUUUAACUAGUACAUAUUGAAAAGUUUUAGCCCCGCCCACCACUCAAACCCUAAAACACAAAAAACCUUAAAGCCACUCCAGCACACAGUCUUUGUUUGUUUGGGGUGCACUGUGUGUUUAUGUUGUACAAUGUGUAUUUGUGUUGUACAGUUUGUGUGAUUAGAAAGUGAAUGUACUGGGUGGGAGGAGCUUCAUUCAGGCACAUCAACAGCUGUCGUUCAGUCACACACCUGCGUCACACACCUGUUUGCCGGUUCCUGUCGUGGCGGUUUGGGCACGGCGCCGCUCACAUUCCUCAGCGACACUGUCAAUCACAGGUGUCAUUUCUCUAGCCGACCUGUGAGAAGCAAAGAUUCUACUCACAGUCAGAACCCGACCAAGCAAAAGCACCUCUGAGACUGUGGCAGAUGAAGUGGUGGUGUUCCUCAGGGCUCCUGUCUGCUCCCUCUGAUUCUCCGUGUUUGUCAGGAAAUGUCUGAGUCUGAUGAUUUUCAUGCUCGCAUCAGAUCAGAGGUCAUCAGUGAGGGGGGCUGAAGGUCAUGGGGGUCAUGGAGGCGGAGCCAUGUUGUGCAGAGUGUGUGACGCACAAACAUUUGUCUCUGUUUCUGCAGGGCUCAUGAGCAUGGCACUCAGCACCGUCAUCCCCACCGACAGACCCACAAACCAGUGCCUGCACAACAGCGACACGUUCAAGUACUACGUCUACACCUGCACCUACAUGGUGGUGUUCCCCGUGGCGUUCCUCUGCAACAUCGGAGCGCUGGUGGCCUUCCAUAGGAUGAAAAAAAAAAGCACCUCCUCCUGCAGGGUGGUCAUGAUGAACCUGGCCAUCUCAGACUGGAGCUUCUCGCUGACCCUCCCGCUGCGACUGGUGUACUACUUCCACAACAGAAGCUGGAUCUUCCCCGACUGGCUGUGCCGCCUGUGCACCUACAGCUUCUACGUGAACCUGUACAGCAGCAUCCUCUUCCUCACCCUCCUGAGCCUGCUGCGUUGGGUUGCUGUGGCCAAGCCGUUCAAACAAAGCUUUGAAUCCAAACCCAGGCAGGUUUCACUCGUCUGCCUCGCCAUCUGGCUGUUUGUGGGCCUGGCCUCCAUACCCUUCCUGUCUGAAGGAGUGGUUAAAAGAGAUGGGGUUCCUCGCUGCUUCGAGACGUCAAGCCACUCCUCCUGGUGCCGGAUCAGCAUCCUGAACUACAUCGGUUUGGUCUUCGGCUUUCUGCUGCCCUUCCUCACCAUCCUCUUCUCCUACCUGAGGAUCGUCCCCAUACUCAGGUCCCACCGAACCGAGGGGUUCACCAUGUCCACGGCCGACCCCCGUUCUCGCAGGGAUGGGAAGCGCUCGGUGUACUUGGUCGCCAUGGUGAUGGUGACCUUCCUGAUCUGCUUCCUGCCGUACCACCUGAUCAGGACGCUGCACCUGCACUCCAUGUGCGGCAACUGGAGCUGCGGCGUCAAGGUGCCCCUGCAGCGCGCCGUGUCCGUCACGCUCUGCAUGGCGGUGUCCAACUGUGUGGUCAACCCGCUGCUGUAUUACUACUCCACCAAAUCGUUCAGGGACGACGCCCAAAAGGUGGGCUUCUCCUGCAGGUUCAGCAGGUUUAGUAGGUUGGGGUUUGUGAGGGAUCAAGCGGCCAAAGAGGACAACAAUAGUUUAUCAAUGAAUUAGUUUUAAAAGUUUAAAAUUUUUCUCCAAAAAUGUAAAAAGAUGAGCAAACUG